GCGCUGUGUCCCUUCUGCCUGCCCCUCGGCCCCUCUUUGAGCCUCAGAAAUCCCGAGGAUGCUGGAGUAGAUGGCCGCUGGGCUCCUCACGUCCUCAGGGAUCUGGAGGGACCUUGGGAGCCAGAGGUGGCAGACGGUGACGUGUGUGAGCCCCCAAGGGCUGUGUCCCCAUCACAGGACCCGCCUUGGGCUCUGUGGUUCUGUCCUGGGCCAGAGGACGCAUGCCCUACCAAGGCCCCCACGGUCACCCAUGGCUACCGGUCCACUGUCCAUCAUCGCCGCCCGACCUCUGCCCACCAGCUCCUGAGGCGUGGGCGCUGUGCCCCAUGUGACCCACGUGACCGAGGCUCACCCGUCCUCUCCCGUCCCCUCGGGUCUUCCCCCCAUUCAGGCUGAUUCCCAGGAGGGUGACGCUGAUCAUCGGGGCCACGAUGCAGGUCAUCUCUGAGGGCGGUCCCCAGCCGCAGUCCCACAUCCUCUUCUCCGUCAGCAACGCCAGCGUGGCCACCGUGGGCAGCACAGGGCUGGUCCGUGGCCUGGCCGUGGGCAGCGGCACCGUGUCGGGCGUCGUGCCAGCGGCGGACGCGGACACCGGCAAGGUCAUCGUGGGCUCCCAGGUAUCCCUGAGCCCGUGGUGGCCGGCACUGGCCACGCCUGGGGUGGGGAGCCCUGCGGGUUGGUGCCCUGGGUCCAGGCAGCCCCGUGUGGCCAGCGGUGCCAGGCACUCCUGGGGACCUGCCCCUGGACCUGCCGUCCCUCCGCAGUCCCACAUCCUCUUCUCCGUCAGCAACGCCAGCGUGGCCACCGUGGGCAGCACAGGGCUGGUCCGUGGCCUGGCCGUGGGCAGCGGCACCGUGUCGGGCGUCGUGCCAGCGGCGGACGUGGACACUGGCAAGGUCAUCGUGGGCUCCCAG